AUGUCUGCCUUCGGAAAUCGCAUGAUCUGUCCAGCCUUGAACUGGAUCCCUGCUCACGCACCCCCAGAUCUUUUCUCGUCAGCACUCGCUCAUUUUCAGGGAGUUCCUUGGACAGCGGCACUUCUAUCCAAACCAAACGUCACCCCUUUCAUCCCCAAUUGCCGCAAUCCAUCAACACCUGAUCUUGACCAGUUUCUCGGCAAUACACUCCGUACAGAUAAUGCUCUGCGCCACAUGCUCUGCUUCUUCGAGAAGGAUGAGCAUUUCGCGGACCCAAAUAAGCCCAUCACCAAGCUUACUACCCUUUUCAAUCUCGGCCCAGGGCUCUCAGGCGUACCACAUGUGCUCCAUGGUGGCAUGACCAUGUCUAUGGCCGAUGAGGCUAUGGGCGCUCUUACGGAGCUCAAUGCAGAGCUGGCCAAGCAGGGGGAAGCAUUUCAAACGGGGAGCGUCACUGGGACACUUGAAAUCAAGUUUCUGCGUGCCAUACCUGUUGGGACAGACAUCGUGGCGACGGCGUGGAUAGAGUCGGUGGAGCGCCGCAAGACUACAAUCAAAUGUGAAUUUAGGGAUGAAGAUGGCGAGGAGCUUGCUCGGUGCCAAAGCAUUUGGGUUGCUGUUAAAAGUAAUCUGUGA